GCAAGAAGCGAUGAUUUUCCAGCACAGAAAAUGGAGGCAGAUUUAGUUUUCCAAACAAACGUGAACCCCAAGCAGCAUCAGUUAUCAAAGGUGUCUCUGAUCCCCUGGUUUCUUGGCAAUGUACUGUGCAGUGACUUCUCCCUACCAACGGUUAUUUUUAGAUGACACUUGAUUCUAAACACAAAGAAAAGCAGGAUACUCACUGGCACUGUCCUGGCUGGGGCUCGGAAACAGUGUUUUUGCAUGGCUCUCUUCAGCGUCGGUAUUGCUGUUUCAGUGUGAAAGCAGAUGCUCCGCGGGCCAAAAAAAAUGCUAACUUCAUCCAAGGGGCAGAAUCAGUGCCUAUGUUAUGAUGUCUUUCACCUUGCCUGCGUUGGAGGCUGGGGUUCAGUGUAUCAGAGAAAGGAGCUGCACUAUUGUUUGUCAUCCCUGCAGUUGUACAAUCCCAUUAUUCCCCAAUCAUCUAGACCCAGGGCUGGGAUGCAUUACAUCAUUACAGAUAAGGAGAAUGAAUGUGGUUAUCUUUCCACUCAGCUGCACUGCUGGGUAAUAACCUAUGAGAGUAGUCCACAAACUUAAGAAAUUGGUCUUCGUCCAUAUAAUUCUGGAGAGUAAUGAGAAUGGAGAAUUGAUUAUUAGGCUUUUAUCAAAAGCUGCAUCAAUUUUAAUUCAAACAGGCAGCAUUAUGCUUAAAAUUACAUUGUGCGAUAUAUGGUCCUUUUCCCUUCCCUCCAAGAAAAAAAAGAAAAAAAUGGGCCAGGGAGGAGAGAUUAGAGGGGUUAAAAAAAUUUCAAGUUAACAAAUCAGCAGCAUUAAUCCAAGAAUUCUCUCAAAGAAUAGAAAAUAAAAUUGGCCUUUAGGGGAUAAUUCUCUGAAAAUGGGUACAAACAGCUUAAAUUGUUAAGUUAACUUUUAAGCAUUUUAAAAUGUGCUUUUUGGGCCAAUGCAACAUAUGUGUCAUGCAUGCUGCCUGGUAACCAAGUACGCAUUUUAUUUAUGGCAUUCUGCUUCAGAGAGUAGCAUUUUUGGGGACAUUAUAUGAGACAAUUUUUCACAUGAAAUCCAUAUAUCGUAAUGAAGCAUCAGCCUACAAUGGAAUGACAGAGGUUAGUCUGGCUUAAAAUUUACCAAUAGCCAUAUUCUCUGAUCUCUUGGAAAGACUGUUUGCCCAACUCUGUUAUUUGGGUGUGGAGUUCAUUGAAUUAUAGGCAGUUGAUAAAAACUUGAGGUUAUGAUGCACCUUUAUGGACAACGAUAAUUUAUGUACCUGUGACCUGCCUCAGUUUAUAGGAGUUGCCUGUUUUGUUAGUAUUCUUUUAAUCUGGAUCAGUCUGUACCCUUUUGGCAUUUUGCCUGCGUGUCAGAUGUUUUAUGUGAAGAGUUCUGGCCUAUUGCAUCGCCUGUGUGUUUUCUUUAUGCUUUUAAAGAAGAGAACGUUUUGUAUAACUUUAAAGAAAUAUUUUUUCGUCUGCAUGUUGUAGUUUAGCAGCACCUCUGAAAGUAUACCUUCAGAGGCUGUGAUUGUUUUUUGGUUUUGCUAACAUCUCUUCUUGCAUUAUGUAGGAGCACAUGAAAUACAUUUUUUCUUCCUCUUUGAAGUUAACAUACACACAGACAUACACACAGUCACACACACUACACAAAACUCCAUCAACCAUAUUAUUGGCUACUCUAUAACAGCAAAUUGGAAAAAGCUAAAAUGCUUCUCUUACCUUCUCAUCAGCAUCCUUUCUGAUGGUGAAUUCCCAAGCCUUGCUUUGCUUUUGUCAUGUUUGCAGCUUGACAAUUGGGUAAUUAUUUCCAGCUGUUUAUGGCUUUGUUGUCAUUUCUUGCUGUUGCCUGGCAUUUUGUAAUGUGAUGCGAGGGGAAGGUGAAGUGUUGCUGGGCAUUAGGUUGUGGGGUGGGCAUCUGUCCUUUCAUUUGGAUUGCGGUCACCGGCCAUGGGGUUCUGAGAUACCCAUGGCUUUGGUUUGCUAGGCAAGGAUUUCCAUGAAUGGCAGGGCAGAGCAUGUUAGAAAACUCGGGGAGCAUUUUUACAGAUAUCCUUUGGCCAUCUUAGUCUGUUUGCCCCCCAAAUAGGAUUAUAUUUUUAAAAUCAGCAAAGAGCAUUGAUUUAGAGAGCUCAGAGUAUGAAUGAGAAAAGAUGUGAAGUCCUCAGAGUUUGGGGAGGUGUGACAUCAUUUAGAAAAGCAAGAAGAUAGUUGCCUUUCUCUUGCCUAUUUUCAAGUUUCUGGCCAUUUGCAUGAGGAAUUACUCCUCUAAGUCAAAACCUAUGCACCCUUCCGUUAUGUCAUUGCAUCCUUGACAAUUAAGAUACCCUCAAAAUGAGUUGGAAAACUUGGUUGAAAAAUGCUUUAACACUGUGGUAAGGGGACUCAGAGGUGACAACACUAUGUUGCGUAAUCGACUGAAAUUAUGCUUUUAAGGCAUGGGUAUUUAAACUUGAUUUUCAGUUAAGUAAGUUUUGCUGUAGACUACUGUACAAUUUCAUGUACUACAUGUAGUUUCUGUACUUGACACUUUGUGUUGUGAUUUGAUGUAGUAUGUCCACUUUCUGAAUGGGAGUUUAGUAAUUUUUGUACUCAGGCAAAAACUUUACAAAAUAGUUAUUGUGAAUAUAAGUUAAAUAAUAAUUGGCCAUCUAUUUUAAGGUGUUUGGAGACUGGGAAAACUGCCAUUUUGGUAACAGGCUUUUAUUAGGUAAUCUAAAUGAAGGUAGCCGUAUUAUCACCUAUUUUAUCAACGUAAAUACAGCUGUUUCACAAUGUACCUCAUUGUCAUGGCUUCAGAAAGGAGAACAUUUCACCGGUUGUUUUUCUGUGUAAGACCUUGGCUUUCGUUACCUUAGCUUAUGAUAAUGUAUUUGGUAUCCACUGCCAGACUACUCCUAUUUUUUCUCCUUUAUUUCUUUGCUGAGCACAGGAAUGGUGAUCUAUUAGUUCCUGAUAAAGAGGAUUUUUUGAUUGUAUACAACGCUGUAGUCCAUAUUUUAGCCAAGUUUUGUGUUUCCAGUACAGAAUGGAAGGACCUGGGACGGAAUUGGAGUGGAUCUUGAGAGGUUUGACAGCCAUAUAGGCUAGCAGGCCCCUGAAAGUGCAGUGUUGGUGUGCCGCUGUCUGCUUGUACCCUGCCUUCCUUCACUGGCAGAUACUGCAGGGGUUUCCAUUCACUUCAACUUUUAAUUAACUUUCCCAUUUGACAUAUUCAUGUCAGUAUUCACUUGCUGCUAUCUUGCUUCAUUUUCCCCAAAGAAUGUGCUUUGUGUGGGUUCUUUGGGGGAGGCAUAGUUUCAUUACCUCUCUAUUUUGGGAUUCAGUGAGUAGCGUUCUUGUAGGUCUGGUAACCUAGGCUGUUAAACUCAUGGGCUCCACACCCCUAACACUCACAAUAAAAGGUAUUAAACUGGUUAUGAUUCUCAUUUCAUCCUCCUCAGGGAGAAUUUGGUAGGAGCAGGGUUUGUCAUUCUGUUUGGAUCUGCAUUCAGGGAGUGCACAUUCAUGGGAAUGAAGGGUUCCAAUUACAUUUUCCAGAAUCGUGAUGAUAAACACAGAGCGGAAAUACAGAAAUACAAAGAAUAUGAGAAAGAUGUUGCCAUAGAAGAAAUUGAUGGCCUCCAACUGGUGAAAAAGCUGGCGAAGAACAUGGAAGAGAUGUUUCACAAGAAGUCUGAAGCAGUGAGGCGUCUCGUGGAGGCUGCAGAAGAAGCACACCUGAAACAUGAAUUUGAUGCAGACUUGCAGUAUGAAUACUUCAAUGCUGUGCUGAUAAAUGAAAGGGACAAAGAUGGGAAUUUUUUGGAGCUGGGGAAGGAAUUCAUCUUAGCCCCCAAUGACCAUUUUAAUAAUCUGCCUGUGAACAUCAGUUUGAGUGACGUCCAAGUGCCAACGAAUAUGUACAACAAAGACCCAGCAAUCGUCAAUGGGGUUUAUUGGUCCGAAUCCUUAAACAAAGUUUUUGUAGAUAAUUUUGAUCGUGACCCGAGUCUCAUAUGGCAGUACUUUGGAAGUGCAAAGGGCUUUUUCAGGCAGUAUCCAGGGAUUAAAUGGGAACCAGAUGAGAAUGGAGUCAUUGCCUUUGACUGCAGGAACCGAAAAUGGUACAUCCAGGCAGCGACUUCUCCGAAAGACGUGGUCAUUUUAGUUGACGUCAGUGGCAGUAUGAAAGGGCUCCGUCUGACGAUUGCAAAGCAGACAGUCUCCUCUAUUUUGGACACGCUGGGGGAUGAUGACUUCUUCAACAUAAUUGCUUAUAAUGAGGAGCUUCACUACGUGGAACCUUGCCUGAAUGGAACAUUGGUGCAAGCUGACAGGACAAACAAAGAGCACUUCCGGGAGCAUCUGGACAAACUUUUUGCCAAGGGGAUCGGAAUGCUGGAUAUAGCUCUGAAUGAGGCCUUCAAUAUUCUUAGUGAUUUCAACCAUACAGGACAAGGAAGCAUCUGCAGCCAGGCCAUUAUGCUCAUUACCGAUGGGGCAGUAGACACCUAUGAUACUAUCUUUGCAAAAUACAACUGGCCGGAUCGAAAGGUUCGUAUCUUCACAUAUCUCAUUGGACGGGAGGCUGCUUUUGCAGACAAUCUUAAGUGGAUGGCCUGUGCUAACAAAGGAUUUUUCACCCAGAUCUCCACCUUGGCCGAUGUGCAGGAGAACGUCAUGGAAUACCUCCACGUACUCAGCCGGCCCAAAGUCAUCGACCAGGAGCACGACGUGGUGUGGACUGAAGCGUACAUUGAUAGCACUCUCCCUCAGGCACAAAAGCUUGCCGAUGAUCAGGGCCCAGUCCUGAUGACCACGGUCGCUAUGCCUGUGUUUAGUAAGCAGAACGAAACUAGAUCAAAAGGCAUUCUUCUGGGUGUGGUCGGCACAGAUGUCCCAGUGAAAGAACUUCUGAAGACCAUCCCCAAAUACAAGUUAGGGAUUCACGGCUAUGCCUUUGCAAUCACAAAUAAUGGAUAUAUCCUGACGCAUCCAGAGCUCAGACCACUGUAUGAAGAAGGCAAAAAGCGGAGGAAGCCUAACUACAGUAGCGUUGACCUGUCUGAGGUGGAGUGGGAAGACCGCGAUGAUGUGUUACGAAAUGCCAUGGUGAAUAGAAAGACGGGGAAGUUUUCCAUGGAGGUGAAGAAGACAGUGGACAAAGGGAAACGGGUUUUGGUGAUGACAAAUGACUACUAUUAUACAGACAUCAAGGGUACUCCUUUCAGUUUAGGUGUAGCGCUCUCCAGAGGCCAUGGGAAAUACUUCUUCCGAGGGAACGUAACCGUUGAAGAAGGGCUACAUGACUUAGAACAUCCCGACGUGUCCUUGGCAGACGAAUGGUCCUACUGCAACACUGACCUACACCCAGAGCACCGUCAUCUGUCUCAACUCGAAGCUAUUAAACUCUAUCUCAAAGGCAAAGAACCUCUGCUCCAAUGUGAUAAAGAAUUGAUACAGGAAGUCCUUUUUGAUGCUGUGGUGAGUGCUCCCAUUGAAGCUUAUUGGACCAGCCUUGCCCUCAACAAAUCUGAGAAUUCCGACAAGGGUGUGGAGGUAGCCUUCCUUGGCACUCGCACGGGCCUCUCAAGAAUCAACCUGUUCGUUGGGGCUGAGCAGCUCACCAACCAGGACUUCUUGAAAGCUGGAGACAAGGAGAACAUCUUUAAUGCAGACCAUUUCCCUCUCUGGUACCGAAGAGCAGCUGAGCAGAUUCCAGGGAGCUUCGUCUACUCAAUCCCAUUCAGCACAGGAACAGUCAACAAAAGCAAUGUGGUGACAGCAAGUACCUCCAUCCAGCUCCUAGAUGAGCGGAAAUCUCCAGUGGUGGCAGCUGUAGGCAUUCAGAUGAAACUUGAAUUUUUCCAAAGGAAGUUCUGGACUGCCAGCAGACAGUGUGCCUCUCUGGAUGGCAAAUGCUCUAUCAGCUGCGAUGAUGAGACUGUGAACUGUUACCUCAUAGACAAUAAUGGAUUUAUUCUGGUGUCUGAAGACUACACACAGACUGGAGACUUUUUUGGUGAGGUGGAGGGAGCUGUGAUGCACAAAUUGUUAACAAUGGGCUCCUUUAAAAGAAUUACCCUUUAUGACUAUCAAGCCAUGUGCAGAGCCAACAAGGAGAGCAGCGAUGGUGCCCAUGGUCUACUGGAUCCUUAUAAUGCCUUCCUUGCUGCCGUAAAAUGGAUAAUGACAGAACUUGUCUUGUUCCUGGUGGAAUUUAACCUCUGCAGUUGGUGGCACUCAGAUAUGACAGCUAAGGCCCAGAAAUUGAAACAGACCCUGGAGCCUUGUGAUACUGAAUAUCCAGCGUUUGUCUCUGAGCGCACCAUCAAGGAAACCUCAGGGAACAUUGCUUGUGAAGACUGCUCCAAGUCUUUUGUCAUCCAGCAGAUCCCAAGCAGCAAUCUGUUCAUGGUGGUGGUGGACAGUAGCUGCCUCUGUGAGUCUGUGGCCCCCAUCACCAUGGCACCCAUUGAAAUCAGGUAUAACGAAUCCCUUAAAUGUGAACGUUUAAAGGCCCAGAAAAUCAGAAGGCGUCCAGAAUCUUGUCAUGGCUUCCAUCCUGAGGAGAAUGCGAGGGAGUGUGGGGGUGCACCGAAUCUCCAGGCCAAGAUGGUCCUUAUCCUGUUCCCUCUGCUUUUGAUGCUCUUCUCAAGGUGACACUGAUGGAGAUGUUCUCUUGGCAUGCUAAGUUAUGGAUAAACUGUGAACCAAAAUAUGGUGCGACAAUAGGAUACAUGAAAUAUAGUCCAACCAUCAGCAUCUCAUGAUUUUAAACUGUGCGUGAUAUAAACUCUUAAAGAUAUGUUGACAAAAAGUUAUCUUUUUACUUUGCCAGUCAUGCAAAUGUGAGUUUGCUACAUGAUAAUCACUCUUCAUCAGAAACGGGACUGCGAGUGGGCAGUGUCCCUUCUGCUUGAAACCCAUUGAAACCAAUUUAAAACUGUGUACUUUUUAAAUAAAGUAUAUUAAAAUC